AACUGCAACUGAGUGGCGUUGUUGCGCCGGCAGCGGAGGCUCUGUCCCCUGCACAGAGAGUGAGAGCGGAGCUGGGAAGCAGCUGGAAAAUGCCCAGAAAUAUUUUCACAGCGGUCAAGCCCGGAGCUCCCUGACUCUUCCCUCCCCCUCUCUCCCCAGCCCCGCUCGCCCCAUGGCCUGGCACCCAGCUUAAUCUGGCCCGUGCUGUGUGCGUGUGUCACACCUGCCGGGCGAUGCCAAUGGCCGGGCUGCCCGCCGGGGCUGCGCGGCUCUCUCCCCCCGCCGCCGCCGGCCGCCUGUCUCUGCGCUGGGCAUGUCUGUGGAGCCGGCGGAGCCCGGGCUCUCUCCGCUCCUCGGCUUGUGGACGGCGGCCGCCGCAGCAGCCGUGCUAGCGAGCAACCUGCACCAGGACUGCGCCGAGGAGCGGGAGCCCGCGAUGCUUCGGCCUCAGUACUUUUCCUUAGCCUAUCUGGGUAAUCAGGGCCAUUACCGCCGCUAGACACACCACACACGCCAGCCCCAGCACGGGGAAAAGUAAGGGAGAAAGGAAAAAAAAAACCCAGGAAGAUGGCGCCCACCAAGCCAAGCUUUCAGCAGGAUCCUUCCCGGCGAGAACGAAUAACUGUCCAGCAUCCUCUGCCCAACCAAUCAGAAUGUAGGAAAAUCUACAGAUAUGACGGAAUCUACUGUGAAUCUACCUACCAGAAUUUACAAGCCUUGCGAAAGGAAAAGUCCCGAGAUGCUGCUCGCUCUCGCCGGGGAAAGGAAAAUUUUGAAUUCUAUGAGUUGGCAAAGUUGUUGCCGCUCCCUGCAGCCAUUACAAGUCAGCUUGACAAGGCAUCCAUCAUCCGACUUACAAUUAGCUAUCUGAAAAUGAGGGACUUUGCUAAUCAGGGGGAUCCUCCGUGGAACUUGAGAAUGGAAGGACCUCCACCCAACACAUCAGUAAAAGGGAUACAAAUGUGGAAAUCUGAGGUCUGCAUGAGAAAGACACCAUGUGAAGUUAUAGGUGCCCAGCGCAGGAGAAGCCCCAGUGCCCUUGCCAUUGAAGUAUUUGAAUCACAUUUGGGAAGUCACAUUUUACAGUCCCUGGAUGGAUUUGUAUUUGCACUAAACCAAGAAGGAAAAUUUUUGUACAUUUCAGAAACCGUCUCCAUCUAUUUAGGCCUAUCCCAAGUGGAACUGACAGGCAGCAGUGUGUUUGACUAUGUCCACCCCGGAGACCACGUGGAGAUGGCAGAGCAGCUGGGCAUGAAGCUUCCCCCGGGGCGAGGCCUUCUCUCGCAGGGUACAGCAGAGGAUGGAGCCAGCUCAGCAUCUUCAUCUUCUCAGUCUGAGACCCCUGAGCCAGUGGAAUCAACAAGCCCCAGUCUACUAACCACUGACAACACCCUAGAGCGCUCUUUUUUCAUCCGAAUGAAAUCUACUCUGACCAAGCGAGGAGUGCACAUCAAAUCAUCAGGAUACAAGGUGAUCCAUAUAACAGGCCGGUUACGACUGAGAGUGUCACUGUCCCACGGGCGGACAGUCCCUAGCCAAAUCAUGGGGCUUGUAGUUGUGGCUCAUGCUUUGCCACCUCCUACAAUCAAUGAAGUCAGAAUCGACUGCCACAUGUUUGUUACUCGCGUAAAUAUGGACCUCAAUAUCAUUUACUGUGAAAAUAGGAUUAGUGAUUACAUGGAUCUGACCCCUGUAGAUAUUGUAGGAAAGAGAUGUUACCACUUCAUUCAUGCUGAAGAUGUGGAAGGGAUCAGGCAUAGUCACUUAGACUUGCUGAAUAAGGGUCAGUGUGUAACUAAAUAUUACCGCUGGAUGCAGAAGAAUGGAGGGUACAUCUGGAUACAGUCCAGUGCUACCAUAGCUAUCAAUGCCAAGAACGCAAAUGAGAAGAAUAUCAUCUGGGUCAAUUACCUUCUUAGUAACCCAGAGUACAAGGAUACGCCGAUGGAUAUUGCACAACUUCCUCAUCUGCCAGAGAAAACCUCAGAAUCCUCAGAGACCUCUGAUUCUGAAUCAGACUCAAAGGACAACUCAGAGGACAAUGAGAACUCAAAGUCAGAUGACAAAGGAAACCAAUCAGAAAACAGCGAAGACCCCGAAUCUGAUAGGAAGAAGUCUGGGAAUCAGUCAGAUAACGAAAUGAACUGUAAUGAUGAUGGGAACAGCUCCAGCAACCAGGACAGCAGGGACAGUGAUGACAGCUUUGAAAAUUCUGACUUUGAGAAUCAAAAGGCCCCUGAGGACAGUUUUGGUACUCUUGGUUCUAUGCAGAUCAAGGUGGAGCGCUAUGUGGAGAGUGAAUCGGACUUGCGGUUGCAGAACUGUGAAUCGUUGACGUCAGACAGCGCCAAGGACUCAGAUAGUGGAGGGGAAGUAAAUGCCCAGUCUUCCAGCAAACAUCAAAAGAGGAAGAAGAGGAGGAAAAAGCAGAAAGGAGGCAGCAUGACCCGCAGAAGGCUAUCAAGCACUUCAAGCCCAAAUGGACUUGACUCAGCUUUGGUGGACCAGCCCCAGCUGCUCUCGUCACCAAACAGUGCCUCAGUGCUCAAAAUUAAAACAGAGAUCUCAGAACCUAUCAAUUUUGAUAAUGAUAGCAGUAUUUGGAAUUACCCACCUAACAGGGAAAUCUCAAGGAAUGAAUCGCCCUACAGUAUGACCAAGCCCCCAAACUCAGAGCACUUCCCCUCCCCACAAGCCAGCAGUAGUUUACAUGUCUCCAUUCCAGACUCCGUUCUCACCCCACCAGGGUCUGAAAAUACUGCCAGCCGCAAAACUCAGUUCAGCACCUCAUCCAGCUCGGCCUUGGCUCCUGUAUCCUCUGACCCUUUGUCACCCCCGCUUUCAGCAUCUCCACGGGACAAACAUCCAGGAGGUCCCAGCACUUCCAACUCUUUGUUGUACACUGGGGAUCUGGAAGCCCUUCAGAGGUUGCAAGCAGGCAAUGUGGUGCUUCCUUUGGUUCACAGGGUAACUGGAACCCUUGCUGCCACCAGCACUGCUGCUCAGAGGGUCUACACCACUGGCACUAUUCGGUAUGCUCCAGCUGAAGUUACUUUAGCCAUGCAGGGCAACCUCCUCCCUAAUACCCACGCUGUUAACUUUGUUGACGUUAACAGCCCCAGCUUUGGGCUGGAUCCUAAAACGCCGAUGGAAAUGCUCUACCACCACGUUCACCGACUCAAUAUGUCGGGACCAUUUGGAAGUGCUGUGAGCGGGGCCAGUCUGACCCAAAUGCCUGCAGGGAACGUGUUCACAACUGCCGAAGGACUUUUUUCCACUCUUCCAUUUCCUGUGUACAGCAAUGGCAUUCACACUACACAGACUCUGGAACGGAAAGAGGAUUGAAAUAUGACCACAUACUGUGUUCAGUGUUAUACUCUGAGGCAUAGACUAUGUUUUAAUUUAGACCUUUAAUUCUAGCACUUUGAAUUUGAGCAGGUCAGCUUAUUCUCUCGAUAUGAUGGUUCCCCUUUCAUUCCCUUUCUCUUUAACUUGACUUAUUCUUUAAUGUAAAGAUAUUUUUUUAUUUUUGCCUUCAGAGAGUUGAAGUACCAGUUGCCUGCCAUUUUGUCUUCUU